AGACCUUACUUAUUCUAUACCAAGGAAACCAGAACAAAAACAAGUCCUUGCUCAGCAUCCCCAGCCAGCCUAGGGAAUCUUCAAUCUUCCAACCAACCUCCAUCCACUCCUUCAAGAAGCAUGGAUUUCUCCCUGAGUCUUCUCCUCCCACGACCUCCUCCUAUAGAGCCCGCGCCAGCAGCCCCGACCUCCUACACGUUCUGCUGCUCUUCCCUCGUACCCAGCUAUCCGGACACCACGGUCGCUGGGCUGGAUACACCCAUCAACGCGCGUUUCCAGAGCUUUAUGAGUUAUGCCAGCGCGCACGAUAUAAGUCCCGCGCCGCGUGAACGCGCUUUUGAUAUCUCGGUCGCGUCUAGCUACCAUAUCACGCUCGGGAUUAUGUACCCUGUGCCUAAUACCACCAAUAACCACAGCAGCAGCAAUAGCAAUAGCAGUAGCAGCGAUGAGAAUGGUGACGAUGACGAUGCCAAAGGCGGCAGUGCAGAGGAGCCUGAGGAGGAGCAUGAGGAGGAGGAGGAAGAGGGGGCCGCGGGUCCAGGAUUCCACUUCGAGCACACGCAUCGCUGUUUCGUACCGUACGGGUCCGAGUACCUAGAGAUGGAGGUAUGGGACUUCGCAGCGCCGAACGAGGCCAGCCCGCCGGGGUUCCCAUUGUGUCAGACAUGGCACUGUGGCGGGUGGGGCGAGGACCAGCAUCUGUGGCAGUUCGAGGUUAGGAUCUAUCAUCGGCAUCGGAAUAGACAGAAUAUGUUGAGAAUGAGACAGUUGAGGCUGUGGGAUUGUAUGCUGUGUGAGGAGGCGUGGACUCAUGUCGGCGAGGAGUUCAGGUUGGAGGAUUUGAGGGAGGUUAUGGCGGCGGGGACCGUGGUCGGGGAGGAGGAUUUGAGAAGGGCUGAGGAGGAUUUGAGGGGCGUGGGGUGGGAUUUGGGGAGGGCGUGGGACGUAGUGGAGCGUGAGAGGCGGGGAGGUGAAAGGGGGAGAGGGAAUAGAGCAAGGGGAGGGAGAAGAGGAGGUAGGAGAGGCAGAAGAGGGUAG